CACCCGAUUGGUGAUCUCACGCAUCUUACGUAGAGACAAUGCCCGUUCAUUUGCACUAUGGAUCACUGGUUCAGACCUAAUUUUGACAUAAAGGUGUGACGAACGAUGGUCAGAAGAUUUAAAGGACGUUGAUGUGUUUAUUCUCACUUGCGUUUGAGUCCAUUGGUGCAGUAUGUCUGUGUCCAGCACCCCCACCAGUAAUGAUGCCUGUCUGAGCAUCGUCCACAGCCUCAUGUGCCAUCGACAGGGUGGAGUGAGCGAGUCUUUCGCUAAGAGAGCCAUAGAGAGUUUGGUGAAGAAGCUGAAAGAGAAGAAAGAUGAGUUAGACUCUCUGAUCACUGCCAUCACUACUAAUGGAGCUCACCCCAGUAAAUGUGUGACUAUACAGCGCACGCUAGAUGGCAGACUACAGGUGGCUGGUCGUAAAGGAUUUCCUCAUGUGAUAUAUACACGACUGUGGCGAUGGCCAGACCUGCACAAGAACGAACUGAAACACGUGAAAUACUGUCAGUUUGCCUUUGACCUCAAAUGCGACAAUGUGUGUGUGAACCCGUACCACUACGAGAGGGUAGUGUCCCCCAGCAUUGAUCUGUCUGUACUGACACUAGGUGGCCCAGGCCCUAGUGGAGAACCGAUGAUAAAGGAUGAAUUCGAGGGUCAUUCUGCUGCUGAUGGAGGUCACAGUAUUCAAACCAUUCAGCAUGCUGCUGCCUGCUCUGCCCCACCUGACACAUUUAACAGCCCUGCCCUCUUGCCCCCAACUGACUCUGCAAGCUCUGCCUCCACCUCUGCUUUCACCAGUUUGGCCGCCGGACCAACGAAUGCCCCCACCUCAUGGCCAAGAGGAAGCAGUUUCCCUCCCAAUAUCCCCCAUCAGAACGGCCACCUACAGCAUCAUCCACCACUGCCCCAAACUGGCCAGUACUGGUCAGUGCAUAGUGAGCUGGCUUUCCAACCUCCAAUUUCCACCCAUUCAGCUCCAGAUUACUGGUGCUCUAUCCCGUACUUUGAGAUGGAUAUUCAGGUAGGCGAGACGUUUAAGGUGCCAUCCAGCUGUCCCAUCGUAACAGUGGAUGGUUAUGUGGACCCAUCAGGUGGAGAUCACUUCUGUCUUGGGCAACUGAGUAACGUUCACCGUAUAGAGGCUAUAGAGAGAGCCAGGCUUCACAUUGGUAAAGGAGUUCAGCUGGAGUGUAAAGGAGAGGGGGACGUGUGGGUGCGCUGUCUCAGUGAUCACGCUGUGUUUGUCCAGAGUUAUUAUCUGGACCGGGAGGCUGGACGAGCUCCGGGAGAUGCUGUCCACAAAAUUUACCCCAGUGCUUACAUCAAGGUGUUUGAUUUACGCCAGUGUCAUCGGCAGAUGCAGCAGCAGGCAGCUACGGCUCAAGCUGCAGCAGCUGCGCAGGCGGCUGCAGUGGCGGGAAAUAUCCCAGGCCCGGGUUCGGUGGGCGGCAUUGUUCCCGCUAUCAGUUUGUCUGCCGCAGCGGGUGUCGGCGUGGAUGACCUGCAGCGUCUCUGCAUCUUGCGGAUGAGUUUCGUGAAAGGCUGGGGACCGGAUUACCCUCGCCAGAGUAUCAAAGAGACGCCAUGCUGGAUCGAGAUCCAUUUACACUGGGCUUUACAGCUCCUGGAUGAGGUUCUGCACACCAUGGCUAUAGCCGACCCGCAACCUCUGGACUAAUGCCGAAACACUCAUAACCUAUUAGAAUACAUACUGACCUUCUGCAGCAGCUGACAGAUUUGUUACCCCACCUCUGUCGGAACGUUGAAAUCAGCAGUAUUACAAAAUCAACACUAACUCUGUUGUUUCAAACAGGACUGUUUAUCAAAACACAGCAAAGUUACACUUUUAAAAAUUCUAACUAGAUAGUCAGGGCUCUCUUUGGGGUCAGAAUGAAGAAGUUCAGAGACUUGCAUUAUUUUGUGUCAUAAGUUUACUGCCAUAAACAUACAGUGGCCACAUACACACUGCAGCAAAAUAUGGCUGUCACUCCUCGUAAUCCUGUUCUGUACACACAUUGGACUUUAAGAUAUACAAGCGCAAAAAAAUUCCAAUUUUAUACAUUUUGCGUAAAACCUUUCAUAUGUAAAUAUCUUUCAAUUCAACAUGAAAAUUUAUGUUUGUUUUUUUACUAAUGAUUCACACAGAAAUUCGUUCAGCUAGUGUUCCGUGAUAGUUCGUAACACCAUUCUUACUUAAAGGGAUGCAUUCACUGUUUACACAAGGAGCCUUUUGAACAAUUUACAUAGAAAUUAGUUUACCUUAUGUUCCCUGAAUGAGGCCCAAAGUUUGGUUAUUUAUGGGAAUGACAAUUGCAUUCUCCAACCAAAUUUUGAGUUUAGUAAAUAGUGUGUAAAGUGAUGUAAAUUGCCGCAGUGAAUAGAGUGCAACAUUUCGGGUAAGAGUAGUUUUAUGAACGAUUUGCUCUGGAUUACAUAAAUGGUUGCACUCAAUUCAGUGCAACUAUUUAUGUAAGAAUGUUCAUUCAGCUACUGUUUCAUGAUAGUUCGUAACACCAUUCUUACGUAAAUUAGCGUUUUAGUCACAGUUUAGUUAAAAAUAAUUUUACAAACAAUUGCACUUAAAUACGAUCGUGUUUAAAGAAUGACUCACAACUUUUGGUUAUUUGCAGGAGUGAAAACGCAUUCAACAACCGAGUUUAGAAUUUAGUAAAUUGUGUGUAAAAAUUUCAGGUAAGAAUAAUUUUACGACCGAUUUACACUGGAUUGCCUGUAUUGUUGCGUUCAAUUUAUUUAAUCAAGUUUUCUACGAACAAUUUACACCGAAAGUCGUCCAGCUACUGUUUCAUGAUAGUUUGUAAUACCGGUACAUAUCUUUUUUCAUACACAGUUUACGCAAGAAUUGUUUUACGAACAAUGUACAAAGAAAUUGGUUCAUCUCGUGUUUCGUGAAUGAGGCCCAAAGUUCAGUUAUUUAUGGGAAUUACAGCUACGUUCUACAACCAAAUUUUGAGUUUUGUAAAAUGUGUGUAAAACUUUUAUGUUAAUUGCUGCAAGAGUGCAACAUUUCAGGUAAGAAUAGUUUACCGUAUGAUUUAAACUGGAUUUCAUAAAUUGUUGCUUUCAAUUCAAAAUGACGUACGGAUGUUUUUUCGAACGAUUUUCACAAAUUUGUUCAGCUAUUGUUUCACGAUAGUUCGUAACUCUAUUCUUACAGAUAUUGUCACAUACAGUUAAUGCAAGAAUGGUUUAAUAUGAACAAUUUACACAGAAAUGUGUUCACCUUGUGUUCCCUGAAUGAGGCCCAAAUUUGGUUAUUUAUGUGAAUAUAACUGCAUUCGAUAACUGUAAUUCGCUUUUAGUAAUUUGUGCAUAAAACGUUUCUUCGUGCCACGUUUCAGCUACGAAUAUUUUUGCGAAAAAUUUACUCUAGAUUUCAUAAAUUGUUGCUUUCAAUUCAACAUGACAAUUGAUAUUUGAAUGUUAUUUAUGAACAAUUUAAACAGAAAUUUGCAUUUAGCUUGUGUUUCAUGAUAGCUCGUAACACUUUUCUUAGAUAUACAGUUGAAGUCAGAAUUUUACAUACACCUUAGCCAAAUACAUUUAAACAAUUUUCACAAUUCCUGACAUUUAAUCGUAGAAAAUACCGGAUUGGUGGUGGUGUAGUGGGCUAAAGCACUGAACUGGUAAACAGAAGGUUGCCUGUUCGAUCCUAACCACCACCACCAUUGUGUCCUAGAGCAAGGCACUUAACUACAGAUUGCUCCGGGGUGAUUGUCCCUGAAGUGCGCUGUAUAAAAGCUUCUGCCAAAGGCAUAAAUGUAAAUGUAAAACUUUCAUUAGGGCAGUUAGGUCACUAAAUUAUAUUAAGAAUGUGAAAUGUCGUGGCCUGGGUAGCUCGGUGAGUAAAGACACUGACUACCACUCUUAGAGUCGCAAGUUCGAAUCCAGGGCGUGCUGAGUGACUCCAGCUAGGUCUCCUAAGCAACAAAAUUGGCCUGGUUGCUAGGGAGGGUAGAUUCACUUGCGGUAACCUCCUCUUGAUCACUAUAUUGUGGUUUGCUCUCCAUGAGGCACGUGGUGAGUUGUGCGUGGAUGCCGCGGAGAAUAGCGUGAAGCCUCCACACGCGCUAUGUCUCGGCGGUAGCGCGCUCAACAAGCCACGUGAUAAGAUGCGCUGGUUGACUGUCUCAGACGUGGAGGCAACUGAGAUUCGUCCUCCACCACCCAGAUUGAGGGGAGUCACUACGCCACCAUGAGGACUUAGAGCACAUUGGGAAUUGGGCAUGCCAAAUUGGGGAGAAAAUAAAAAAAAAAGAAUGUGAAAUGUCAGAAUAAUAGUAAAGAGAAUUAUUUAUUUCAGCUUUUAUUUCUUUCAUCACAUUCCCAGUGGGUCAGUUGUUUACACACACUUUGUUAGUAUUAAGUAGCAUUGCCUUAUAUUGUUUAACUUGGGUCAAACAUUUUGGGUAGCCUUCCACAAGCUUCUCACAAUAAGUUACUGGAAUUUUGACCCAUUCCUCCAGACAGAACUGGUGUAACUGGGUCAGGUUUGUAGGCUUCCUUGUUCGCACACGCUUUUUCAGUUCUGCCCACAAAAUUUCUUUCGGCUUGAGUUCAGGGCUUUGUGAUGCCCACUCCAAUUUCUUGACUUUGUUGUCCUUGAGCCAUUUUGCCACAACUUUGGAGGUAUGCUUGGGGUCAUUGUCCAUUUGAAAGACCCAUUUGCGACCAAACUUUAACUUCCUGGCUGACAUCUCGAGAUGUUGCUUCAAUUUAUCCACAUAAUUUUCCUUCUUCAUGAUGCCAUCUAUUUUGUAUAUGCACCAGUCCCUCCUGCAUCAAAGCACCCCCCAUGCUUCACGGUUGGGAUGUUGUUAUUCGGCUUGCAAGCCUCAACGUUUUUCCUUCAAACAUAACAAUGGUAAUUAUGGCCAAACAGUUCAGUUUUUGUUUCAACAGACCAGAGGACAUUUCUCCAAAAAGUUGAUCUUUGUCCCAUGUGCAAUUGCAAACUGUAUUCUGGCUUUCUAUAGCGGUUUUGGAGCUGUGGAUUCUUCCUUGCAGAGCAGUCUUUCAGGUUAUGUCGAUAUAUGAUGCGUUUUACUGUGGAUAUAGAUACCUGUCUACCUGUUUCAUCCAGCAUCUUCACAAGGUCCUUUGCUGUUGUUCUGGGAUUGAUUUGCACUUUUUGCACCAAAAUAUGUUCAUCUCUAGGAGACAGAAUGCAUCUCCUUCCUGAGCGGUAUGAUGGCUGUGUGGUCCCAUGGUGUUUAUACUUGCAUAUUAUUGUUUGUACAGAUGAACGUGGUACAUUCAGGCAUUUGGAAAUUGCUCCCAAGGAUGAACCAGACUUGUGGAGAAUAAGUUUUUUCAGGUUUUGACUGAUUUCUUAUGAUUUUCCCAUGAUGUCAAGCAAAGAGGCACUGAGUUUGAAGGUAGGCCUUAAAAUACAUCCACAGGUACACCUCCAAUUCAGUACACCACCCAUCAGAAGCUAAUUGUCCAAAGGCUUGACAUCACGUUCUGGAAUUUUCCAAGCUGAAUAAAGGCAUGGUUAACUUAGUGUAUGUAAACUUCUGACCCACUGGAAUUGUGAUAUAUUCCAUUAAAAGUGCAACAAUCUGUCUUUACACAAUUGUUGGAAAGAUGUAUUGUGCCGUGCAUGAAGUAGAUGUCCUAAAUGACUUGCCAAAACUAUAGUAUGUUAAUAUGAAAUCUGUGAAGUGGUUAAAAAACGAGUUUUAAUGACUUCAACCUAAGUGUAUGUAAACUUCUGACUUCAGCCGUAUUGACGCAUACACAUAGUACACAAGAAUGGUUUUACAAACAAUUUACACAGAAAUAUGUUUACCUCGUGUUUCAUGAAUCAUGCACAAAGUUUGUUUAACCAAAUUCAUUUCCGAAAAGUUCAGGUUGCAACAACUGCAUUUACGCUGUUGGACAUUUACUUAAAUGCACCAAUUGUUUAAGGUACAAAUUUGCAAUUGUUCUGCUUGUGCACAUGGAAUGGUUAAAAUGUGGCUUUCCCUCCCAAAACGUUGUAGUGUGUAUGUGGCCAGAAUAUUGUCCUUUGUGUUUUUAUACUCCUAUAAUGUUCUCUCAUUUGUAUCAAGCACUUAGUUUCUUCAUAUCACCUGUAAAGGCUGUAUUUUAGGUUUUGUAUCCUUGUACUGAUUCAGGGGCUCCGUCUCAAUAUUAUGAGUCACAACUCUGCCUCUAGUGCUGCUUCACUCAGAUAUCAGACAGAUGAGAGCAGUCACAGAUCUUUAAUACAGAGUUACCGAUUGUUAUUUUACUAACAAAACAGUUUUGUACUGUAUUUCUUUCCUUGUAUGAUUUUUUUGAUAGACGGAACAACCUGUGAUUAUUAUCAUCAUAUCAAACAGUAGGCAACAGUAGUACAGAAUGGCAUACUACUAAUACAAUUUUUGCAGUAUGUAUCUGUUAACAUUAUGUAAAUGUUCUGUAUGCACAGAAUUCCCGGAUGACGUAGUUCUACAUUUCUACAAAUGUUUAGGAUACAAUGAACACACUGCACUGAUUUGAAUAAUAAUAAUAAUAAAGAAAAAUAACUGUUUAAUCUUUAACAGCUCGCAGAAUUAAACAUGCAACAUAUUAAGGUCAUGAGACAACCAGUGUUGUGUGUAAUCCAAUUACAAAGUAAUCAGGUACUGUAAUCUACUUUUAGUCAAAAAAGUAGUGUAAUGCAUUACAUUUUAAAUUAUUGUAAUCUGAUUAGUUACUGACUUUCAACUAAUUGAAUUACUUAUAAGUACAUUAUAAGGUUACUCUUAUUUCUUUUUUUAAAAUUUGUUUUAUCCCCUUUUCUCCCCAAUUUGGAAUGCCCAAUUCCCACUACUUAAUCAGUCCUCUUGGUGGCGUGGUUACUCACCUCAAUUUGGGUGGCGGAGGACAAGUCUCCGUUUUCUCCACUUCUGAGACCGUCAAUCUGCACAUCUGAUGAUGUGGCUCGUUGUGUAUGACACUGCGGAGACUCCCAGCAUGUGGAGGCCCAUGCUACUCUCAGCGAUCAACGCACACGCCCCAUUUAGAGCAAGAACCAUUAUUCGCGACCACGAGGAGGUUACCCCAUGUGACUCUACCCUCCCUAGCAACCGGGGCAAUUUGGUUGCUUAGGAGACUUGGGUGGAGUCACUCAGCGCACCCUGGAUUUGAACUCAUGACUCCAGGGGUGGUAGUCAGUGUCAAUACUCGCUGCGCUACACAGACCCCCAUGUUAUUCUUAUUUCUAACAAUUCUUACAAUUGUUGCCCCGUAACAAUUCAUUGUGAAGG